GCCCUAUAGCAAAAACCCUCUUAAAAAAAGAAAAAAGAAAGAACAAGAGGAGGAGAGACGGGAUGCGUGGUAGAAGACGCUUGUGGGAAGGACAGGAAUGCUCAAAACCGGCCCUUGUUCUCCAGCCAUGCUUCUUCCUAGGAAUCCUAGACACUUGGAACCCCUGUCGCCUGGGUCGAGUAGCAGAGGGCCUGAGAAUCUCCCGACCACAGUGGACAUGGAAAGUGCUGAGGUCUCCAUAAUUCCUGGACUCCAGAAAGAAGAGAAGGCAGCUGUGGAGAAACGCAGCCCCAAAGUGUUGAAGGCUCUGAAAAAGCUAAGCAUCCAGGCCAAUGAGGCCCCAGUGAUUGCCAUGCUGGGCUCAGGAGGGGGGCUGCGGGCCCACAUCGCCUGUCUCGGGGUCCUGAGUGAGAUGAGAGAACAGGGCCUGUUGGAUGCUGUCAUGUACCUCGCAGCAGUCUCUGGAUCCACUUGGGCAAUGUCUUCAUUCUAUACCAAUAGUGGUGACACAAAAGCUAUCGAGGCUGAGCUGAAACGUCGAUUUGACCAGAAAGAGUGGGACUUGGACAAGAGCCUGGAGAAGACUGUUAAAGCAGCAAAGUUGGAGAAUUACUCUCUGACUGACUUUUGGGCCUACCUGGUUGUCUCCAAGCAAACCAGAGAACUGCAGGACUCCUGUUUGUCCAGCAUGAAAAAACAAGUGGAAGAUGGGACACUGCCCUACCCAAUAUUUGCAGCCAUUGACGACGACCUCCAAACUGCAUGGGAGAGGAAAAAGGCCCAGAGUUCUAUGCCGGGUACUCACCCAUGUAUUGCCUCCCCAGAGACCUGGUUUGAGUUCACCCCUCACCACGCUGGCUACCCUGCACUCGGUGCCUACGUCCCUACUACCCACUUUGGAAGCAAAUUCAAGGAGGGAAGACUGAUUAAGUCUGAGUCUGAACGAGACCUGACCUUUCUGAAAGGUUUGUGGGGAAGUGCUCUAGCUAGCACCAAAGACAUGAAGAAGUUCAUUUUGGCCCAGUUUCUAAGCUUGAAAGAAAAAUUGAAAAUGAACUAUCUAUCCAAAGAAGGCACAGGCGUGGACGAAGCUCUGCUGGAACUGGUGACGGCUUACUUACAGGAUCAGAGCAGCAACAGCACCCAGAGGAGGCUGCAGACCCUGCAGCAGGCACUGCAGGUGGAAAGGCCAGAUCAAGACAGCGAGCCUGAACACGCCUGGCUGGCCAAGAUGGUUCAGAACUGGAGCCAGAUGUCCUGGGAAGAGCAGGGGCGGCUCCUGGAGUCCCUGGUGUGUAGCUUCACAGGGCAAGGAGGGCUUCCCAUGCCCCGCAUCAGGAGCACAAUCAAGGAGUCGCUCAAGGACUUUUUGGACUUUCUGAAUAAAACCGGAGUAUGCUUUUGGAAGUGGGAAUGGGGGACCAUUCACAACUUUCUGUACGAACAUGGUGGCAUCAGAGAUGAGGCGAUGCACAGUCGGGAACUCCUCCACCUGGUCGAUGCUGGGGUUGCCAUCAACACUCCCUACCCACUGGUCCUGCCCCCGAUGCGGGAGGUCCACCUCAUCCUCUCCUUUGACUUUAGUGCCGGGGAUCCUUUUGAGACCAUCAGGGCUGCUGCUGACUAUUGCCACCAGAACAAAAUUCCCUUCCCCCCAGUAGAAGAGGCUAAGUUGGAGGCGUGGUCCAAAGCCCCGGCUGACUGCUACAUCCUGAAAGGGGAAACCGGUCCUGUCGUGAUGCAUUUUCCCCUGUUCAACACAGACACCUGUGGAGAUGAAAUUCAGAUGUGGAAUGACAGAUACAGCACCUUCAAACUCGUUGACAGCUAUACUCUAGACCUGGUGACACAGCUCCUGGAGGUGUCCAAGAACAACAUCAGGAGAAACAAGGAGAAUAUCCUCAGAGAGAUGAGGAAUGUGGUCAGAGAACCCCCGAAGUUCCUAGAGGUUAACAAGGAUUCACUGGAGGAUAUGGUGGAGGAUGUUGAAGGCUCUCAAGCUAUGGAAAUCAAGAUCACCCACACCACAGCAUGACAACUGAGGGUCCCUUGCUUUACUGCUGGAAUGGACAUGCCCAAGUGAUUGCACCUCCUGUUCUUCCUACAGAGUCCACCAUCAUAUUCUCCUUCAUGAAGAUGAGUUCUGCCCAGGGCAGCAUGGGCCUGCUGGUACACUACGGCCUGAAUAUCUUUCUCAUCUUCCUGUUCUCUGCUCCUUUCAGCUACACCUUUCACAGCACCAAGUUACCUUGACUGUAUUAACCAGAUCAGUUACCACCUGGAGCAUGUCUUUGAUGGCAGCAUUCAGAAUAAGGAGCCCCAGGAGCUAAAGGUGGUGAAAUCUAUCCUGCGGAUCUUUCAGAAAACCCUGGAGCAGGAGCAUGAGUCUCACCAUUAGAGACAUUAUGUCCAACAUCCAGGCCAAAAUGAACAUGGUGGUCGAGACAAGAGCCAUUAAUUAUCACACCCCCAACCAGAGGGCUAGCUCUGCAGAAUUAAGAACUUUGGCCUAAAUCAUGGUUUCUCUCUCCAGAGUCAAGUGAAGCUCUGUAAAUACAAGUGUUCAAUAAAUGCUUGCUGCCUGACUGGUGGAUUGACUGA